AUGACUCUGUUAUGGCUCACAUUGUUACUUCUUCAUCAAGUAUAUACUCUGGUCACAGUGGUCACAGUCGAACUGGGUCAAUCUGUGACUCUGACUUGUGAUUUUACCAUGAAAUAUCAGAGCAACACAUGGCUUUACUGGUACAAGCAGAGUCCUGGAAAUAUUCUGACUUUAAUUGUGAAGAUAACGAAAACCAUAAACCCUAACUAUGGACCAAAAAUCUCUCCUUCAAAAUUCAAUGCAACAUCAAAUGAGCAUAGCAGCAGUCUAACAAUUUUCACAACAGUUCAUGAAGAUGAGGGGAUGUAUCACUGCGCUCAAAUGGACAGACUUAACUCUGUAUGGAGUGGGACUUAUAUAUCAGUAAAAGGAAUGUCUAAGAGGACUUCAAACUACACGGUGUUUUCACAGCUAACGAGUAUUGCUCAGCAGACAACGACCUCUGGUUCCACCCGUCCAACAGGCUCAGAGACUCUGCAGUGUUCGUUCCUCUCCGACUCUGAGAACAAAACCUGUUCAGGAGAACCCAGUGUGUUCUGGUUCAGAGCCAUAUCAGAAAAAUCUUUUCCUGACAUGAUUUACACCGAUGGAAAAAGAUCAGACAAUUGUGAGAAGAGUUCUGACUCUCCGAAGAAAUGUUUUUAUAACUUCUCUAAGAAUAUCAGCUCUUCUGAUCUCGGGACUUACUACUGCGCUGUGGCCACAUGUGGACAGAUAAUAUUUGGAAAUGGAAUUAAAAACGGUAAAACAGAUGAAAACAACAAGCUGGUGAUCACAAUAGCUGCAAUGAUCUGUUUGGUCAUUUCUGUAAUCUUUAACAUUUUUUUCAUUUGCUUUCGAACACAAAGAUCAGCAUGUCAUCGAUUUAAAGGAAGCUCUUCAGAGAACAGAAGCAAUUUUAGCCAAAUAGGAAAUGAUACUGAAGUUGGACCUGACCUGAACUACGCUGCGUUACAUUUUUCUGAAGGGAGAACAUCAAGAGGAAAGAAGAAGAGAGAGUUGAUGACUGAAGAAAGUGUGUAUUCACAGGUUAAAGGAUGAGCUUGAAUAUCUGUCAGCUUGUAAAGAAAACCGCUUGUGAGAUGCAAAUGCAUACUGUUACUGACAGAAAUAAAAGUUGUGAA